UUUUUUUAUUAUAUUUUAAAAGAAAAAAGAACAUUGAAAAAAAAAAUUAAGCAAAAUGUUUUUAUUUGAGGUCUGUGCAAUUAGAAUAGAACGAACGCAUCUCGGCGCUCAUCCAUUUCCGAUUUAUCCCUUUGUCUUACCAGGGAUCCCAAGUUGAAAUACGGAAGCUACGCAUCCGAGUGCAACUAGGGCUUGCAGAGAGGUAAAGGAAUUGGCCUUGGAUUCUGAGGAGCUACCUAUAUUAGCUAAUCCAAUGCAUUUCAUGUAAUUUGAAGUUUAUAAAAGAAGUUUCAAUGGCCAAGAAAUCAGUACCACAACCACGGCUAACAAAGCUUUCGGUCUAUCUCUACAUUCCCAAUAUAAUUGGGUACAUUAGGGUUCUCAUGAACUGUUAUGCUUUCGCCAUAUGCUUCUCCAACAAACGACUUUUCUCCCUUCUCUAUUUUGUCAGCUUUGUCUGUGAUGGAGUAGAUGGUUGGUGUGCUCGCAAAUUCAAUCAAGUUUCAACAUUUGGAGCCGUUUUGGACAUGGUAACAGACAGGAUAAGCACUGCAUGUCUCUUGGUAAUUCUUUCACAAGUCUAUCGGCCUGGCUUGAUUUUCCUCUCGUUGCUUGCCUUAGAUAUUGGUAGCCACUGGCUGCAGAUGUACAGUACUUUCCUGCUUGGCAAGGCUAGUCACAAAGAUGUGAAAGAUAGCACUAAUUGGCUUUUUAAAGCAUACUAUGGGAAUCGGAUGUUUAUGGCUUACUGUUGUGUGGCAUGCGAGGUGCUUUAUAUCAUUCUAUUUCUUGUUGCAAAGAAUGAAACUGAGAAUGUGAUUGAAGUUCUAAUGGGUCUUGCACACCAUAUUACACCUCUUUCUGUUCUUGUUGGUUUGUGUUUAUUUGGAUGGGCAGUCAAACAAGUAAUUAAUUGUAUACAGUUGAAGACAGCAGCAGAUGUGUGCGUGCUUCAUGAUAUCAACAAAAAGCAGAGCCCAUAAUGCUUAGCAAUGACUGGAGGUGCAUUCUACGUUCAGCUUUGCUACUCGUUUGUUAUAAUUCAAAUAUGUAACUGUAGCAGAUGGGAUUGGUUUAUUCUUGUGAGACAUACACUGAUGAAAGAUUUAUAACACCUUUUUUUAUUUUUUUUA